UGGUAAGCUUAUUCCUCUACCUUAUCUUUGCAGCGACACCUUUCGUCCACGGCUUCUGAGCAUCCUUUCCAAUCUUGCAGUCGCGUAUCCAUCGUAUUCUAGCUACGUGAGCUCCCCUCUUAGUUCGGCCACCAACAAAAGCAAAAUGCCUUCCGUCACCGAACAGCCCAAAGCGCCCGGCCAAGCAAGUCACAUCGUCUAUACCAUUCCGCGCACAGCCUCGCACCUGUUCAUGCAACUCCUCAAUCUCCCAGCACAGCCCUCCGUUUUGCGCCGCGAAGACGGCAUCGAUGGCUACCACUUCCUCGAGACUCUCGUGCACCGCUUCAAGAACGGCCUGGCGGGCAAGCCUCUGAAGGACUGGACUGCUGAAGAGCAGAAGCUGAUGAGAGAUGCCUUUCAAGCCGGCUUCGAAGACUGGCUGAGGCUGAUGAAAUCAGCCGAAGGCAUGGGCAAGCGGACAUUCACGAAGGAGCACGUGAAUUGGCUCGUGGAUCCCAUUGCCGAAGGCAGAGCUUCCGGGGAGAUGCGCCAGGGCAUUGAGAGCUUCGCCGCUUCUUUCCCCGAAGGAAGCGAGCACUCGCAGACGCAUACCAAGGCGAAUCCGCUCGUCAUGCCCGAUGAAUUCGUGCUCAAAAUGCUAAAGCCGACGUUCCUGAUCCGACACCCAGCCCUCGCGUUUGCCAGCCUCUUUCGCGCCGCAGUUGGAGGCGAAGGCUCGGAUGACCUCCGUCUCGAGGAGGUCCUGGACGGCGAAGAGAAGCACAAGUGGGAGUGCACGUACCACUGGAGCAUCGCCGUCUAUAACUUCUACAUCCAGCAUCCCGAAUUCGACCGCAAGACUUGCGUGGACGGCAUCCAGUAUCCCAUCGUGAUAGAUGCUGGGGACCUGAAUAACGAGCCGCUGAUAAAGAAAUAUGCGAAGGCGGUGGGCUUGGAUGAGGACUUGGUCCGCUUCGAGUGGCAGCCAACGCCAGACGAAGAGAUUGAAAAGGUUCCUGUGCUGCAGAGGAAGAUGAAGAAGACGAUUUUGGAAAGCAAAGGCGUGGAAACGGGGCGGUUGGGCAAGGAUGGAGGACCUGAUAUGGAGAAGCUGAAGGAAGGGUGGAGGAAGGAGUUUGGUGAUGCUGUGAGUGCGCGGCUGGAGAAGUUGGUUGAGGACAAUCUGGGAAUGUAUGAAGAGCUGAGGAGCAAGCGAUUGACCGUCUAGCAUACGGUAAGAUCCCCUGCUGCAUGAACCCAAAUGUAACGCAGUCAAUAUAGUAGUUGUCGACUUAGAGUCCGUCGCAGCGUCUUCGCACGACACUAAAAUGCUCAGUAAGCUCCUAACGUCAUAGAUCGCCGCUUAUGCGCCCUAGACUAGGUAACUGAUAGUUUUAAAUCUCCGAGGCGGCUGUGGCGCUGCAAGCUUCCUGUGGUACAGCAUGACGGCU